AUGGAAAAGAUCAUCCUUUUCGAGGACAGAAACUUCCAGGGCCGCUCCGUUGAGUGCAGCAGCGACCGUCCGGAUUUGCAAAGUCAGCUCAGCCGCUGUAACUCUGUUCGUGUGGAAAGUGGCUGCUUCAUGCUCUAUGAACGUCCCAACUUCCAGGGACAGCAGUUCUUUCUGAAACGGGGAGAUUAUCCUGACAUGCAGUCUGAGGGUUUCAGCACCUCCAUUAAGUCCUGCCGGAUGAUCCCACCUCACAGGGGCACCUACAGGAUAAAGAUCUAUGAGAAGGAGGAUCACAGAGGCAACAUGGCAGAGUUAACCGAGGACUCUCCGCAAGUCAUGGACCAGCUACGUGCCCACGAGAUGCUCUCUUGUUCUGUGCUGGAUGGGCACUGGAUCCUUUAUGAAUUGCCAAAUUACAGAGGUCGCCAAUACCUGCUGAGGCCAGGGGAGUAUAGGAGAUUCAGCGAGUGGGGCUCUAUGAGUGGCAAAGUCGGCUCUUUGAGACGUGCCACUGAUCUUUACUGAAUCAAGACGCCUUUUGCCUGGAAGGGUCUCAAUGAAUAAAAUGCUUUAACAGCCACUGUGCUCUCAGCAUGCUGUUGUAAGUGUACUAAGGGGAACGUCAAGGCUUAUCUUGGGCUAUGGUAUCUUCUGAACCAAAAGUUGUCCCUCAUCUUUCCCUGCCCUCCCACAGCAUUGUACAGCUACUUCCAGCACAAAGGACCCAAUGCCAAACACAGGGCUCAGGCCUGGGCAGCCACACAAGGGAGUACGGGAGCGCAAGGCUCUGUCCCAGUCAGCUCAAUGGUUUUGCAGACCUUACACAAUAUGCAGUACAAGACACGUAGUAGGAGCUGAAUCAUAGAGUGAAACAUCCAGGACUUGGACCAUA